CACCGCCGUUGAAUCCGAGGCUCGAUCUCGGGUUCGGCAGUUGAUCGGCUCUGUCGAUUCGAUUUAUCUCUCUCCUCGGUAAUCACCAUCAACAGCGGAGCCUUCUCUAUAUCGCAAGCAGGUGAUCAAGGAUUUGUCACCCGGACGUAAGAAAUUGGAAAGCAAAUUGCUACAUGGCUGGACUGCCACCUGAAGGAUCUCAAUUUGAUGCACGCCAAUAUGAUGCCAAAUUGAAUGAGCUGCUGUCAACAGAUGGUCAGGAAUUCUUUACAUCAUACGAUGAGGUUUAUGAUAGUUUUGAUGCCAUGGGGCUUCAAGAAAAUCUUCUGAGGGGCAUUUAUGCUUAUGGUUUUGAAAAGCCCUCUGCAAUUCAACAAAGAGGAAUCGUUCCCUUCUGCAAGGGGCUUGAUGUAAUUCAGCAAGCACAAUCGGGAACAGGAAAAACUGCAACUUUCUGUUCUGGAAUUUUGCAGCAGCUUGAUUAUGGGUUGGUUGAAUGCCAGGCUUUAGUUCUUGCUCCAACUCGAGAACUAGCACAGCAAAUUGAGAAGGUCAUGCGUGCACUUGGUGACUACCUGGGUGUGAAAGUUCAUGCAUGCUUUGGAGGAACCAGUGUUCGUGAGGAUCAACGGAUUCUUUCAACUGGGGUUCAUGUUGUUGUUGGUACCCCAGGUCGUGUGUUCGACAUGUUACGAAGACAAUCACUCCGUCCUGACUACAUUAGGAUGUUCGUACUGGAUGAGGCAGAUGAAAUGCUUUCACGUGGUUUCAAGGACCAGAUCUACGACAUCUUCCAGCUGCUUCCUUCUAAAAUCCAGGUCGGGGUCUUCUCUGCCACAAUGCCUCCUGAAGCCCUUGAGAUAACCCGCAAGUUCAUGAACAGACCUGUGAGGAUCCUUGUGAAGCGAGAUGAGCUCACCCUUGAGGGUAUUAAGCAGUUCUAUGUCAAUGUCGAGAGAGAAGAGUGGAAGCUUGAGACACUCUGUGAUCUUUAUGAGACUCUGGCCAUCACUCAGAGUGUCAUCUUUGUGAACACCCGGCGCAAGGUUGAUUGGCUUGCUGACAAGAUGAGGAGCAGGGAUCACACGGUCUCUGCCACACAUGGAGACAUGGAUCAGAACACUAGGGACAUUAUAAUGCGUGAAUUCCGUUCUGGUUCCUCCCGUGUUCUCAUCACCACUGAUCUACUUGCUCGUGGUAUUGAUGUCCAGCAAGUCUCGCUGGUCAUAAAUUACGAUCUGCCAACCCAACCAGAGAACUAUCUUCACCGAAUUGGACGAAGCGGACGUUUCGGAAGGAAGGGUGUUGCGAUCAACUUUGUCACUCGUGAUGAUGAAAGGAUGUUGUUCGAUAUUCAGAGGUUCUACAAUGUUGUCAUUGAGGAGCUGCCAUCAAAUGUUGCUGACCUCCUAUGAUGAGUUUGUGUUAAUAUAGUAUUUAAAUUUUAUGUUUGUAGGGUUUUCUUUUUCGAAUGCUAUUCUUGUCAAACUUAAUCCUACUGUCCGGUGGUUAUGUGUUCGGACCAUUUGCUCUGACGGUGAUCUGAAGCAAACUUAUUUUUAACCCAUCUUUGCAAGUUUUU